GUGUUAAGAAAUUUGUGGCACAAAACGUUAACGGUAACUGUUUGAAGGCAUGCCACCAAAGCGUAGACGCAGAUUUCAUGGACUCUAUUACCAUUCAUCGCCGCCGAAGGUCAUGCCGAUGAAUGGACAGGCGGCGGGCCAGAAUGGACGCAAGCGACGAGACAAUGACGAUUUCUCGGUGAAGCUAUCGACCAUUCGCAUCUGGAUGCACGAAAAGGAUAUUGGCAAGCUGACGCGCAUUUUGUGGGCGGGCCAGGGACAGCGCCUCUGUCAGCAGGCAAGCAAUAAUGGGCGUGUCAAGCGAUUUCUAGCCGCCGUGCCGCACGUCAUGAAUGCCACGAAGGAUCUGCAUCAGGCGGUGAUCGAUAACAAUUUGGAGACGCUGCAAAUGCAGCUGGAGCCGCCUGUGCCGCCAGCUCUGGUUACGGCCAAGGAUAGCAACGGUCUAAAUGUCAUACAUAAGGCCGCUGGCCUGGGUCAUACCAAGAUAUUGGAAUAUCUAGUCGGCCUGUGGCCAGACGGCGCACACGAGAUCGAUAUAACGGGCAAGACGCCGUUGCACUGGGCGGCCAGUGCCAAGAACAAUAUGCGCUGCUAUACGCUGCUCACACAGGCCGGCUGCGAUGAGGAGGCACAGGAUUAUAAAAUGAAGACUCCGUCAUACUAUCGCCAUAAGCCGCACGAAAUCGAACGAGCUUUUUUGGUCUAUGUGCCGGAGGCGCCGCGCAUCUCCCCGGAUAGCGUCACCGAUUGGGAGGCGCUGAGCGAUGAUAACGAUAGCAAUGCUGGCGGUGACGCCAGUCGCAGCAGCAGCAAGCAGAAAUUGGGCGUUAAGCCGGCAGUCGUGGAGAACGGUCGUAAAUCGUUGGACGACAGCGCUGAGAACACCUCCGAACUGGACACGAAUGAUGGUACCAGCGCCAUUGAGGAUGAUGAUUUAUCCAAGGCGGAUGCGGAUGUGGAUGGCGUUGCCGACGCAGAAGUCGAUGCGACUGCCGAUGCGAAUGCGGAUGCGAAUGCAUUGCCGCCGGCUCCACAGCGUCGACCGGAAACCCCGGCAGCUUUUGUAACGGCCAAUGGCAACGACACAGCCGGCGACACCGAAAGCGAAGCUGAGAAUAUUGCAAGAGCUGUAAGCGCUGAAGAAGCUGAGGAAGAUGCUGUUAAAGUUGAGCCAGAUGAGACGCAAGCAGCGAUGGAUGGGGCUGAGGAUGAGGUCGGUGUUGAGCCGAUUGAGAAUGGAAUUAUGGCUGAUGCUGUGAGUGCUGAGAGUGAGCAAAAUGCAACUGAAAAGACUGAAGCGAUUGAGAAUGAACACGAGGCGGAAAUGGAAAUUGAAAAGGAAGCGGAAGCGGAAAUAGAGCAAGAACCAGUGGAGACAGCAACAGCAACUGAAACCGAAACAGAAACUGCAGAAGAAGCACACGAAGAGAAGAAUGAUGAAGAGCAAACAAUCCCAGCUGCUGCUCCUGCUGAGGAGGAGGAUGUGGAGGAGGACGACGAUGAGGUACAGAUUGGCUUGCUUUAAAUGCCAAUUCAUGUGCAGUCAGCAAUUGUUUGAACGAUUCGAUGUUUUUGUGUGACGUUUGCUCAGACGUUUUUCCUUUUCUUUAUUUUCAAAUUGUGAACUGUACAAAAAUAACCAACAAAAAAAAAAAACAAAACAAAAAACUUAAUUCAGCUGCUGGCACACAUUUUAAACCACAUAUAUAUAUAUAUGUAAAACUUGAUUCUGUACAACAAAAAUAAC